GGCAACCACAGAAGCCGGUCUCUGGCUGGUUGCCCUGUGUCUCUCUAGCGACCUCACAAAUUGGUACAAGAGUUGGAGCCCACAUGCCGCUUCUCUUCUCCUGCUUCUGCUGCUGCUUCUAUUCGAAGAACCCAACAACACACUUAGAUCUUCCUUCUCCCUGUUCCUUAUCUUUUCUAUUCUACCUGUGAAUCACUGCAGGUCCAAGCUUGGGCAGGGUGGGUGGCGAUGACGAUGAAUAUGGUGGCGAGCAGCAGCAUCAUCCAGGCGCAGGUAUACCACGUAUGGCAGCGAGAGCGAGGUUAUCAGGCGGCGGUAGGCAUGAGCAGCGGCGGGAGGAGGAGGAGCAUGGCGGUUCGAGCCAUGAGCGACGGGGCCAAGGAGGAGGAGGAGGAGGAGGAGGAGAGGGAGAGGAGGCAGAGGCGGCGGGAGGAGCUGGAGCGGGUGGUGGGGAGGGCGGAGGACGCGACGUUCAGCGGGGCAGACCUGGCGGCGCUGAUCCGGAGCAAGUACGGGAGGUCGUACGACGUGACGCUGAUCCGGAAGGAGUUCAUGGGGCGGAGCCUGCUGGCCAUGAACGUCAUGUGGAAGUACCGCGAGCAACGCUCCUUCCCGCUCACCGAGGAGGAGUACCUGCUCCGCCUCGACGACGUCGCCGCCUCCCUCCGCUGCUGGGGCGCCGUCUCCCACGUCCGCUCCUCCCUCGCCAACCUCAAGGACCGCCCCCGCAUCGGCAAGGCCGUCAGCAUCUUCAUCGACAUGCCCAUCGACGACGCCCGCUCCAACGAGUGGAUCUACAAAUAAUUCUUUUUCUUUUCUUCAUCCAUGAUCCAUGCCUCAUGCCUGCGACCUUAAUAUAAUUAUUACUCCACUAUUUAGCUAGCUAGCUUCAUCUUCAUCUUGUAUGUAUGUAGCUUCAUCGUACGUAUUUGCUUCAGCUCAAUGAUCACAUCACAAUUAUUAAUUAAUUAUU